AUGAAGAAUACAAUGGGCAACGAUGCUAAAUACGGAGGUAGCCACAAAAAGGCUUUCCAGGACAAAAGUAAACCCGCUGAUAUUCGGAUUAGUAACAUUCUAGCCGCAAAAGCUCUUUGUGAUGCUAUUCGUACCAGUUUGGGUCCUCGUGGAAUGGACAAAAUGAUCCAAGCUGCAAAUGGUGAAGUUACAAUUACAAAUGACGGAGCUACUAUUUUAAAAGAAAUGAAUGUUAUUCAUCCAGCAGCAAAAAUGUUGGUAGAAUUAUCCCGUGCCCAAGACUCCGAAGCCGGAGACGGAACAACAAGUGUAGUAGUAAUCGCCGGAGCUCUCCUUGAAGCAGUGGACCGUCUUCUCCACAAAGGAAUCCACCCAACCUUAAUAAGCGACGCGUUCCAAAAAGCUGCCGCAAAAGCGGUGGAAAUCCUCAGCUGGACCAUGUCAAUUCCAGUGGACCUGGCAGACAAAGAAUCUUUGAUCAAGGCAGCGGCAACUUCGCUUAACUCCAAGGUGGUGUUCCAGCAAUCGAGCAUCCUGGCUCCUCUGGCAGUAACUGCAGUUCUAAAAAUCACAGAACCUGGAAAAGAGCAAGCCACUGACUUGAAAGACAUUCACGUGAUCAAGAAACUCGGUGGAACAGUUGAAGACACCGAGUUGAUCGAAGGACUGGUCUUCACCCAAAAGUCCUGCAACGUGAACGGACCCAAGCGAAUUGAAAAAGCCAAGAUCGGAUUGAUCCAGUUCUGCAUCUCUCCCCCGAAGACUGACAUGGACCACAGCGUUAUUGUAUCCGAUUACUCUGCGAUGGACCGUAUUUUGAAGGAAGAGCGGACCUACAUCCUGAACAUCGUCAAGCAGAUCAAGAAAUCUGGGUGCAAUGUUCUCCUGGUCCAGAAGUCGAUUCUCCGGGACGCGAUCAGCGACCUGGCGAUCCACUUUUUGGACAAAAUAAAGGUCAUGGUAAUCAAGGACAUUGAACGCGAGGACAUUUCUUUCGUUUGCAAGACCCUCGGCUGCAGACCAAUCGCUUCCUUGGACCACUUCACCGCCGAGAACCUGGUGAACGCGGAACUCUGCGAGGAAGUCCAGACUGGCAAUUCAAAGUUCGUUAAAAUCACCGGGAUCCAGAACCCAGGGCGCACUGUCACUGUCUUGGUUCGCGGAAGCAACAAGCUUGUCCUCGAAGAAGCUGCUAGGUCUCUGCACGAUGCUCUCUGUGUCAUCAGGUGUCUCGUUAAAGAAAAGGCCCUGAUUGCUGGAGGCGGUGCUCCAGAGAUUGAACUCGCGCUCAAGCUGUCCGCCUACGCACAAACUCUUGGAGGAGUUGACGCUUACUGUGUCAAAGCCUUCGCUGAUGCUCUGGAAAUCAUUCCGUCGACCCUCGCGGAAAACGCUGGGCUCAACCCUAUUGCUACUGUCACUGAGCUACGCAAUCGACAUGCCAAUGGGGAAAUUACUGCUGGGAUCAAUGUCCGCAAGGGUAUGAUUACCAAUAUUCUCGAGGAGAAUGUCGUCCAGCCCUUGUUGGUAUCCACUAGCGCUAUCACUCUUGCUUCAGAAACUGUUCGGAGUAUUCUUAAGAUUGAUGACAUCAUUAACACCAUGCAGUAA